AAAAGGGCAAUAAAAUAAACAAAUGGUUCAAAAACCCACUAGGCUCUCUCAGACACGGAGACUGGUUUCCUCCAUUGACACUAUCCCACUACCUUCAAGAUCCCAUCUUUUGUGUUAAAACCUAAUCUCUCUCUCUCUCUCUCUCUGACCAAUUGGGAGCAGAAACAAAUUAACAAAAAAAGAAACGUUUUUGCUCAAAGAUGGAGAUCAAAGAUUAAUUGCAACCCUUUUGAUUUAUACCGUUCUUAUUACACCAAACUCGUUUCUGUUUUAUUAAUUCCUUUCUUUUGUGAGCAUUAAAAGAAGAAAAAAAAAACAAUUCCUUUGCUUCUUUCUCACUGUUACUUUCUCUUCUCUCUCUGUAUCCUUCAUCUUGCGUUUUAAGCCAUUUCUGUCCUUCUGCCAUCUCAUCUUUAAAACUUGGAGCUCAAUAAUACCCUUUCAUCUUCCUCGUGAUCAUCGGAGGAAGCUGAUCUCUUCUAUGGAAUGGAGAUUUUGAUGUUCCUCCUAAGGAUUUGUCUAGUUUCGUCAGUUUUAGUUGCUGCUUCUCCCUCUGCUACAGGGUUGGAUUUGUUACCUCCGUUAUCAUCACCACCGUCUCCGUUACCGGAGGCUUCAAAAGGGUUUGGUCAAGUACCGAUCAGUCCACCCGAAUCUCACAACCCCAGCAAUGCGCCACCGCCCAAAGCCUCUCAGCCGUCUCUUCCGGCUCCUGUGCCUAACGUGGUAGCUCCUCCGCAGGCAGAUUCCGCGGGAGGUAGAGCACCGGCGGGUGAGCCUAUUGUCUCGGUUCCUAAUGCUCCAGCUCCAGUGAAGGAUUUGCCGGGAAAAUCUCCACCGGUUCAACCUGUUAUUACACCGGUUGCUUCACCACCAAAAGAGCCUCCUUUCUCUGGAAGAGUAUCUCCAGGCCCGGUUUCAUCGGAUAUUCCACCUUUACCAUCAGUGGCUCGGCCUCCUCCGCCUAUACCAAGCGUUCACAAGCCUCCUAUCGAGAAGCCUAUUGCUCCUGUUGCAUCUCCACCAACUGACAUUUCACCACCAGUCCAUCCUGUCAUACCAAAGUUGCCUUCUAGUUCACCUGUACCCACCUCCGGAUCUCCAACAAGAAAAUCGCCAAUUACCCACCCGGUUUUCCCAAUUGAGUCUCCUGCUGCUGUCUCACCAGAUCAUCCACCUCCCAGCCAUAAUGGAGAUGAGAACAAAAGUCCGGUUGCUGCACCGUCAAAUGAAACUGCUAAACCCUUGCCUGUUAUCCCACAUAAAGCAGCUUCUCCUCCUUCAAUAGCUCCAUUAGCCCCCAAAUUCAACGGACACUCUCAUCAUACACCGCCAGAUACUACUCCGAGUAAUGUACACCGCACAUCAUCAUCAGCUCCUCCUCCACCUUCAUACCAUCGACAUCAUCAAGAGCGAACGAAGAUCACAAAUAGUCCACCUCCUUCACCACCACCACCAAUGCAUAUCAUAUCCCCAAAGAAGCCAAAUCGUAAAGGUUCAGUUUCUCCUCCUCUUCCAUCACUACACCAUGCUCAUUCUCCCCCAAUUCCUUCUUCUUUGAUUUCUCCUGCUCACCCUCCAAUCUCUUCCUCAAUGCAUCGUAUCUCCAUAGCUCCAGCACCUUCUCCUACCCAAGUCCUCCCUCUCAGGUCCUCUUCAAGACCUUCAAAGUCUCGUAAGUUCCCACUCGGUCCUCCUCUUCCAGCAUUUCCCCCUCCUCCCCCUAACUCAGAUUGUACAUCAACCGUUUGCUUGGAACCGUACACAAACACACCUCCUGGAUCCCCCUGUGGCUGUGUAUGGCCUAUUCAAGUCGAGCUUCGCCUCAGCAUGGCCCUCUACGACUUCUUCCCAAUGGUUUCAGAAUUCGCCCGGGAGAUAAGCGCUGGAGUGUUCAUGAAACAGAGCCAAGUCCGUAUAAUGGGAGCCAACGCAGCUAGCGAACAGCCAGAUAAAUCUAUCGUUCUCAUCGACUUAGUCCCGCUCGGAGAUAAGUUCGAUAACAUGACAGCAAUGCUUACUUACCAGAGAUUCUGGAGUAAAAAAGUACAAAUCUUUGGCCAGUACGACGUGAUUUACGUCCGUUAUCCCGGUUUGCCAGCUUCUCCUCCGGUUUCCGGUAUGACCGUUAUAGAUCAAGGACCCUACCCGGGUGGUGAUAAUAACGGUAGAGCGAUGAAACCGCUCGGAGUUGAUGUUCCUAAGAAGAUGCGCAAGAAAGAGCUCACCGGUGAAACUGUUGCUGUGAUUGUUUUGUCGGCUGCUGCUUUUAUUGGCUUGUGUUUCGUCAUCGUUUGGUUCUUGGUUUUCCGGCGGAGAAGAGAUCAGAGGGCGUCUAAAAGAGCACCACUUGCUCAGCCUUCGCUGCCUUCCCUCACGAAACCAUCAGGUUCUGCAAGAUCUUUAACCGGAAGCAGGCUUAGCUCAACUUCAUUGUCCUUUGCGUCAAGCAUUGCUCCGUUUACAGUCUCUGCCAAAACGUUCACCGCAAGCGAAAUAGUGAAAGCAACAAAUAACUUUGCGGAGUCUAGGGUUCUCGGUGAAGGCGGGUUCGGAAAGGUCUACGAAGGUCUUUUCGAUGAUGGAACUAAAGUAGCAGUUAAAGUACUGAAGAGAGAUGACCAGCAAGGUGGCAGAGAGUUCUUGGCUGAAGUUGAAAUGCUUAGCCGUCUUCAUCACAGAAACUUGGUGAACUUGAUUGGUAUAUGUAUUGAAGAUCGUAACCGUUCCUUGGUUUAUGAGCUAAUACCAAACGGCAGCGUUGAAUCUCACCUCCACGGUGUUGAUAAAGAGGCUUCGCCUUUGGAUUGGGAAGCUCGGUUGAAGAUAGCUCUUGGUGCAGCCCGUGGAUUAGCGUAUUUACACGAAGACUCGAGCCCCAGAGUUAUACACAGAGACUUCAAGUCUAGUAACAUCUUGCUUGAACACGACUUCACGCCUAAAGUCUCUGACUUUGGACUGGCUAGAAACGCCCUUGAUGAUGAAGAUAACAGACAUAUCUCUACACGUGUAAUGGGAACAUUCGGCUAUGUGGUGCCAGAAUACGCAAUGACAGGUCAUCUUUUGGUGAAGAGUGACGUGUACAGCUACGGAGUUGUGCUUCUCGAGCUACUCACGGGGAGGAAACCUGUGGAUAUGAUGCAGCCGCCAGGUCAAGAGAACUUAGUUUCAUGGACUAGGUCUCUUCUCACGAGCAGAGAAGGGCUUGAAGCUAUCAUAGACCAGUCUUUGGGACAGCCCGAGAUUCCGUUCGACAGCAUAGCUAAAGUCGCUGCGAUAGCUUCGAUGUGCGUUCAACCGGAAGUAUCUCACCGUCCUUUCAUGGGAGAGGUGGUGCAAGCUUUGAAACUUGUGUGCAACGAAUGCGACGAAGCUAAGGAGCUCAACUCUGUAGCUUCGCUUACUCAAGAUGAGAAUCGAGCUGAGAGCUCUUGUGGUGGAGAAGGCUCCGGGAGGAUGGCUCGGUAUCCGUUGCUGCCGAGUUACGACUCUGAGCCUGACACUGAGAGAGGACUUUCUGUGUCGGAGAUGUUCACUGGUUCGGGGAGGUUAGAGAGACAGUCUAACUCGGGUCCAUUGGCUUCAGUUCGAGGCAAGAGGUUCUGGCAGAAGAUGAGGAGAUUGUCUACGGGAAGCUUGAGCGAGCACGGGUCAGCAUCGCUCAUGGUACGAUCUGGUUCGCGUUGAAUGAUCUUUUCCGGUUACAGAACAUUUGGGGUUUCUGACUGCCCUAAGAUAAGAAAGGGAAAGGAAAGGAAAGAGAGUGUGUCUUGUGCUACAAGAAACUCUUUACCUUCUGGAUACGCCGGUUAAGCAACAGAUUGGAAGAGAUCUUUCCCGGUUCAGUAGUCAUAUUUGUAUCUUAGAGAAAACAAGAGACUCUGUUUGAUCUAAAUUUUAAUGUACAUAUCACGUUAGAGGCACAAGGCAUCAUCACCAAUCAAGAUGGCUCGUAACGUUAAA